CGUCAUGUGGAGCGGAGUGAUCCGGGGGCGGGGCUUCGGUGUGAACCGUCGACAAACACAACUUUCUAACUUUAUUGUGAUUGAAAGAUGAACAUGUCACGUGGCUUCUCCUCUGGUGGAGUUCGGCUGUUCGGCCUCAGCGCUCGGUGAAGUUCGGAUGAUGGACGGACUCUUUUAACCGGUGAGCCGCCGUCGGCUCGUUAGCUCAGUUAGCCGCCAGCUAGCGGAGCUGUGAACUGCCUCGGCCCGUGGGAGUGUUGCUGUUCACCGGCGAGCACCGGAGCUCCGGCCCGCGGCGAGCGGCGCCGGGGGAAUGGGCACCAGAACCGGACACGGGCGGGUGGGAAGCGGCAGCAGGAUGAGCAGCCUCGCGGUGAACGCGGCUGCACCGGGACCGAACACAACCUCCGACCCGGACCGAGGUGAGUACUGCACCGAGGUGGUCUACAGCGGCUCCGACCCGGACUCGGACUCCGGCCACGAUGAAGACACGACGGGUUCAGGCGGGGACAGGAGAGGGGUGAAGCGGGAGAGGAGCGAGAGGGAGGUCGGGCAUCAGGCAGCGGCCCCCUCCGGGCUCGGCCCCGGGGCGCCGGGGGCCAAACCCGGCAAGAAGACCCGAGGAAGAGUGAAGAUCAAGAUGGAGUUCAUCGACAACAAACUGAGGCGCUACACGACCUUCAGCAAGAGGAAGACGGGCAUCAUGAAGAAGGCGUACGAGUUGUCCACGCUGACCGGGACCCAGGUGCUGCUUCUGGUUGCCAGUGAGACGGGUCACGUUUACACCUUCGCCACCAGGAAGCUGCAGCCCAUGAUCACCUCGGAGACGGGCAAGGCUCUGAUCCAGACCUGCCUCAACUCGCCGGACUCGCCGCCUCGCUCCGACCCGUCCUCCGACCAGAGGAUGAGUGCCACGGGCUUCGAGGAGACGGACCUCACCUACCAGGUGUCUGAGGCGGACGGGUGCUCCGAGGUCACCAAGGAUCUGAUCAGACCAGCGUUCACCACGCCCCCCUCCCCCUCCUCCACGUUGUCCACUGUGUCUAUGCAGGUGCAGACCAGCGCCCCCUCCUGGCAGCAGCCCUCCUCCACCAAUGGGACGGUGCUAAAGACGUCGGCAGGUGUCGUGCUUCCUGGAGGCUUCACCUUGAUGCCAGGAGCCUCGCUGCCCCCCGGCACACACACCAUCCCCCUCAGUCAGCUGCAGACCCUCCAGGGCCCUGUGGCCCCGGGUCACACCACCACGCUGCACGCUCCGCCCACACAGGCAACCACGCUGCUCCGCUUCCCCGCCACCGUGUCUCUGGCAGGGGGCGGAGUCUCUCAGCAGCUGCAGACUGUCCAGGUUCAGUCCACCAAUCAGAGCAGCUCAGACAUGCACAACUCCGCCUCCUCCACAGCGGCCUCCAUCGUCUCCUCUUCUUCCUCAGUAGCAGGUCACAUGAUGUACCCCGGUGGUCACACGCUGAUGUACGCUGCACCGACGCCCUCUCUCGGUGACGGCAGCCUCACCGUCCUCAACACCUUCCCCCCGACAGGCCACCCCCAGUCACAUGACCCCGGCACCGUCCCGCAGGUCUUCCUCGCCUCGCUCCCGCCAGUCGGCGCUCAGAUCCCGGUGUCGGCAGUGCAGCUCCACCAGAUGGUGAUCAGUCAGCAGAGCAGCAGCAACCUGACGGAGCUGCAGGUCGUCAGUCUGGACGUCCACCAAUCAAAGGACGACUGACGGUCACAUGAUGUCAUCGGAAACGAGUCAACACCUUUUGGAUUUUUUUCCAUUUCCUGUUUUUCUUCAUUUCGGUUUGUUGUGAUGAUGCAAUAGACCUUCUGUUUACUCGUCAUUGUUUGUCAUCAUUAUGUAAACAAAAGCAGCUGACCAUCGGGGGGGGGUGUGUGUGUGUGUGUGUGUGUGUGUGUGUGUGUGUGUGUGUGUGUGUGUGUGUGUGUGUGUGUGUGUGUGUGUGUGUGUGUGUGUGUGUGUGUGUGUGUGUGUGUGUGUGUGUGUGUGUGUGUGUGUGUGUGUGAAAACAGAAUUAAAUGAAUGUAUCUGUUUUUAUUCUGCGUUUCUUCGUAUUUUGAUUUAAGAUAAAAACUCAAACGAGCAGAUUCAUAAGGUUAGUCCUGAAGUGAGUUCACUGGUUACCAUGGUGAGUUCAGGAACAGUGGGAAACUUCCUGGUUGACCGGUUCUAUGAAGGUGGACAGGAUCAACCUGAGGCCUGUUGCCAUGGUAAAUUACCCUGGAUCUUAAAAUUGCUCCGAUCACCAUCUCACCAUCAAUAACACUUUUAAUAAAACUUUUAUAAAAAAGGUGAAGACACAAAGAACAUAUAUUUUUUUAGGAUACAUGAUGAUUUGUGCUCUCACCAUUAAAGCUUCUGUAGGAGAACAUUAAGGAUUAUGGUUCAUUAAUUAUUUCACAGCAUCAAUGCUCAGGUAUUUGAUCACAUCCUAUUUAAACUGAAAUUAUCAUUUUAUAUUCUAUAUAUUUUAAUAUUCAGGACAAAGACUGAAGUGAACAUGAGACGUGAACAUCAGAUAAUUUAAAAUAAUUGAUCAGAACUGAUUUAUCCUCAACAUAAUGAGCUUCAUUUAUUAUUUAUGACCAACUGAUAUGUGAAACUGUUGCAGGAGGUUUUCUCCUGAUUUCAACUUCUUUUAACAUCACAAAGUUUUUAUUAAUGUAGAUACAUAUCACAUCAUAUCACAGAACUAUAGAGAACUAUUACAGAUGAAGAUACAUAUCACAUCAGAACUAAUGACAACUAUUACAGAUGAAGAUACAUAUCGCAUCAGAACUAAUGAGAGCUAUUACAGAUGAAGAUACAUAUCGCAUCAGAACCAAUGACAACUAUUACAGAUGAAGAUACAUAUCACAUCAGAACUAAUGAGAGCUAUUACAGAUGAAGAUACAUAUCGCAUCAGAACUAAUGAGAGCUAUUACAGAUGAAGAUACAUAUCGCAUCAGAACCAAUGACAACUAUUACAGAUGAAGAUACAUAUCGCAUCAGAACCAAUGACAACUAUUACAGAUGAAGAUACAUAUCGCAUCAGAACCAAUGACAACUAUUACAGAUGAAGAUACAUA